CGAAAGGAACAGCGUAUCCAACAACUUUUAGGGAUUCUUCAGGUUGCUGACUAUACAAUGGGCAAUGGACAGGAAAAUAUUGCGCUGCUUCUCGAAUCCACUUUAUCAGUUCCACAACCAUUGAAAAUCCGUAAAAGAUAUACGGAAUAUGCGCUACAAAAAAGCAUAAAUGCCGUAAAAACAAAGGCUAUGUCUCUUGGACAGGCAUCCCAGUGCUUUGGAGUCCCAAAAUCAACCAUCAAAUUCCGCCUUGGUACGAAAUGGACAAAAAAACUUCGCAGAGGCCCACAAACUGUUCUUUCACUACAGGAGGAAACGAAAAUAGUUCAGCUGGUGCAGGAAAUGGAACGCCGUGGUUUUCCUUGUACAAAACAUGCCCUUAUAUCCAGAGUGAAAGCUUUUCUCGACAAGAAUCCUCGCCAAACACCAUUUAAGGACAAUAGGCCAGGAAACAAAUGGCUGAAACUGUUGCUUGGCCGACACAAGCAACUUUCGAUUCGAAAACCUGAAAAUGUCACCAUGGCCGGUGCCACGGUAGCAGAGGCUGACAUACGUGGUUGGUUUGAGAAGAUUAAAAAGUACUUGGGAGACAACAACUUAAACGAUGUUUUUCUGGACCCCCGGCGUAUAUUGAACGGUGACGAAACAAUGUUUCUUCUGGAUCCGGUCACAAAAUCUGUUGUUGCUUCCAAAGGAAAUUGCAAUGUAUAUUUAGUUCAGCAGGCGGACUCUAAGAAAAAUGUUACUGUGCUAUUCACAUUUGAUGCAGAUGGAUACAUGUUUCCUCCGGAUGCUAUCCUGCCCUAUAAGCGAUUGUCCAAACAACUUCUGGUGAGCUUUGAUCCAGAGUGGGGUAUCGGGAAAUCAGAUAGAGGAUGGAUGGAUAGUGAAAAUUUUGUUGCAUACAUACAAAACAUAUUGCACCCAUCUCUAGUUCGUCGUAAUGUUACAUUCCCAGUAAUUUACUUUGUCGAUGGACAUUCUUCGCAUACCGGAUACGACGCAGCGGAAAUUUGUGCCGACCUUGGUAUUAUUCUUAUUGCUCUGUACCCUAAUGCCACACAUAUAAUGCAACCAGCGGACGUAGCAAUUUUCAAACCAUUGAAAAAUAGUUGGAGCAAAUGUGUUGACGAAUGGAAAAUGCGUAAUGAUGGUAGAAUGUUUACAAUCGAAGAUUUUGGUGGUGUGCUAAAAGAAGCGAUUAGUCGUGGUGUCUCACAAUCCACCGUGCGCGCCGGAUUUCGCAAAUGUGGAUUGUUUCCCUACGAUGCUAAUGCUGUUGACUAUUCACGAUGUCUUGCUACAAGUAACUAUUCACCACACGUUCCCAUUACAAGACCUCCAACGGAAAAUGAGACGGUGCCCGUUGAGUUGAGCAAAAUUAAACAAGCCUUGAGGAUGGUCAGUACUACUAAGAUAAAAUCAAUGGUAGAUAUGCCUGAAGCGGAAAUUUCAAACAAUUCCGAGAAAGCGCUUCUUUACAUCUACAAAUCAAUUCUCUUGGACUAUGCCGUGGAUGACGAUACAAUGGGUAAUGAUCAUGAAAAUUUGAGUUCGAUCGAUGUAACAAAUUCAACAUUUGGAAAUGAUGAGACAUCAAAUUGCACUGCUAGUUGCGCCCCUCAAACUUCUACAGAUUAUGUUGGCGAACAAGUUGAAAAUCUGCCAGUUAACCAAAUGUACGAAAUUUUGGAAUACUCACCUACCACUGACGAUCUUUCUGUGGAAAUUAUAGAUAAUGAGAGUACAUAUGAAGUUUCUGGGAUCACUUACGAUGUUGAGCCAAUCCAUCUAAAUGCAUUUACGUCGGAACAAGAUAAUCAUUUGAAUGAUAUGGUUGUGAUUUCUGCAGCUUCGUCCAACUCUAGUGAGCCGGAAACGAAUGAACGUGUUGUCCUCGAAGAAAUUGUAAACAAUGAGAAAGAUGAACGCAGAAACAGCAUUUCAUCAUUUUUCAAAAUACCUGCGACGCCAAAACGUAAAAAUGUCAAACGAAACUACACAAGUAAGCGUCAUUUUGUUCUUACUUCGCGGGAACGUUUAAAGGAGUUGGAAGAUAAAGACAACGAAAAGCAACGUCUAGCUCUUCAAAAAGAGCUCAAAAAGAAAGAUCGUGCAACAAAAAAGGAAAUAAAAGAAAAAGAGAAACAGGAGCGUAUGAAAAUGAGGGAACAAAAAAAGAUGGAACAGGAAUUGAAUCUUCGACUAAAACAGGAAGCCGGGAAACCGUCUCGGAAACUUCCAAGGACAUUGAAGGCUGUGCCACCAAAAAAAGUUCGCAAUCGCUCCAAGUUUGCCGAUGAGAAUGAAAAUAGGAGAUAA